GGGAGCUGGAGCCGGGCGCCGCCGCCGCCGCUGAGGCUUCCGUCUCGCUCGCUCGCGCAGCGGCGGCAGCAGAGGUCGCGCACAGAUGCGGGUGAGACUGGCAGGGGGAGGAGGCGGAGGAGGAAAGGAAGCUGCAUGCAUGAGACCCACAGACUCUUGCAAGCCGGAUGCCCUCUGUGGAUGAAAGAUGUAUCAUGGAAUGAACCCGAGCCAUGGAGAUGGAUUUCUAGAGCAGCAGCAGCCUCAGUCCCCCCAGAGACUCUUGGCCGUGAUCCUGUGGUUUCAGCUGGCGCUGUGCUUCGGCCCUGCCCAGCUCACGGGCGGGUUUGAUGACCUUAACGUGUGUGCUGACCCAGGCGUCCCCGAGAAUGGCUUCAGGACCCCCAGCGGAGGGGUUUUCUUUGAAAGCUCUGUGACCCGGUUUCACUGCCAAGACGGAUUCAAGCUGAAGGGCUCCACAAAACGACUGUGCAUGAAGCAUCUUAACGGGACCCUGGGCUGGAUCCCAAGCGAUAAGCCCAUCUGUGUGCAAGAAGAUUGCCGUAUCCCUCAAAUUGAAGAUGCUGAGAUUCAUAACAAGACAUACAGACACGGAGAUAAGUUAAUUAUCACCUGUCAUGAAGGAUUCAAAAUCCGUUACCCCGACCUCUACAACAUGGUUUCAUUAUGUCGCGAUGAUGGAACGUGGGAUAAUCUGCCCAUCUGUCAAGGGUGCCUGAGACCAUUAGCCUCUUCUAACGGCUACGUGAACAUCUCCGAGUUCCAGACCUCCUUCCCAGUAGGAACUGUGAUCUCCUAUCACUGCUUCCCUGGAUUUAAGCUAGAAGGGUCCGAGUACCUGGAGUGCUCACACAACCUUAUCUGGUCGUCCAGCCCACCCCGGUGCCUUGCUCUGGAAGUUUGUCCACUGCCCCCGGUGGUGAGUCACGGAGAUUUCAUCUGCCAUCCUCGGCCUUGCGAGCAGUACAACCACGGGACCGUGGUGGAGUUCUACUGCGACCCUGGCUACAGCCUCACCAGCGACUACAAGUACAUCACCUGCCAGUACGGAGAAUGGUUUCCUUCCUACCAGGUGUACUGCAUCAGGUCAGAGCAAACGUGGCCCAGCACCCACGAGACCCUCCUGACCACGUGGAAGAUCGUGGCGUUCACAGCGACCAGUGUGCUGCUGGUACUCCUGCUCGUCAUCCUGGCCAGGAUGUUCCAGACCAAGUUCAAGGCCCACUUUCCCCCCAGGGGGCCUCCCAGGAGCUCCAGCAGCGACCCCGACUUCGUGGUGGUGGAUGGCGUGCCUGUCAUGCUCCCGACCUAUGACGAGGCCGUGAGCGGCGGGCUGAGUGCCUUAGGCCCUGGGUACCUGGCCUCCGUGGGCCAGGGCUGCCCCUUACCCGUGGACGACCAGAGCCCCCCAGCAUACCCUGGCUCAGCAGACGUGGACACGGGCCCAGGGGAGUCAGAAACCUGCGACAGUGCCUCGGGCUCCUCCGAGCUGCUCCAGAGUCUCUAUUCACCUCCCUCGGGCCAGGAUGGGGCCCGGCCCACUUCCGACAGCCCCGACGCAAUGGCGGGCACGGCGGGGGAGGUGGCAUCCACCAGCCCAGGCAUCGACAUCGCGGAUGAGAUCCCUCUGAUGGAAGAGGAGCCUUGACAGGCAAAAUGCCGACGAUUCUGCUGCCCCCUCGGGGGCGGGAACCCUGUACCUUGGAGUGAGGCGACAGGACAGAGCUGGGGGGACGGGGGACAUUUUCUAACUUAUCUCCAUGGUGACGUGAUUCACAUGUACAUCUCGGCCUCAGCCGUAAGGCAGACAGACGGCAUUGGCAGCGCUUUCAGAGAGACUCGAGGACGUGCGCGACAGAAGGGGAAGAAAGGGCAGAGGGGAAACGCCCGCACGGCCCUGCAUGAAGGUGUUGGUGUGUCUCCAUGCUGCGGGACACGGGACAGUGCAUCCACAUCCCACUGAUGAUGCUGUGAGCACCACCUGCUUCCUUGAAAGCAUGUCACGUUGUGUAAAUUUGCUUCUAAAUUCUGCUUUAAACUGUCUCCGGACCCCAAAUUAGGACGGCUCCACCUCUGCGGAGGGUCUGUGUUGAGCUGCCGAAAGGACAGCCGGGCCCCCCUUGCCCUUGCAGGAAGGCACAGGUUCCCCAAGGGAAAGUUCUCGUGUGACUUUUUGGACAGUCUUCCUGGGUCUGAACAACUCUACUCAAAG